AUGGAUAAUAAACUGGCUUUCUCUGAUCAAUAUCACUCGCUUCUGCUCUCUUCAUCUUCUCCACUUUUUUCGACAUUUUCAUCAUGUUCAUCUCCAAGCUUUCUUUCAAAGCUUUGCGGUGAUACCUGCUGGACUGCUCUUGAUUCCGAUGGCAAUCUGAGCCCAUGUUUUGUCAAUUCAGUGAUUUUGAUAGUACCUCCAGCAAUAAUCUUGCUAUUUGGCUUUUUUGCCCCUUAUUCUCACGCCGAGACGUAUAAUUCCACAACAAAUCUACCAUGGUAUUAUCAUGCUAAAAUAAUUUUGGCAACUAUGGCUGUUCUGUGCAAUACAUUAGUGGCCUUUUUAAUUUACCAAUCCCCUUUCCCCUCUUUGUCUUAUGCUUUCCUGACGCCCUGUAUUUCAGCUAUUUUACUUUUACGCGCAAUUACAAUUCAUGUGCUUGAAGACAUUAGAGGCGUCCCCAGCGGCGUCCUUUUGAUUUAUUGGCUUGUUUCAAUAAUUUCUUAUUCGGUGAAAUUAUUCAACAGUUUUCAAACAAAUUCUACUGCUAUUACUAUUCUUUACGCCUUUCUGAUUUUAAUAUCGAUAUCCGUAUUUCUUCUCGAGUAUAUCCCUUUUAAAAUUUUGAUUCAGCGUCAACCACGACAAUACGGAACUUUUUCUUCUUAUUCGUCUAUCCCCCAAGAUCAAAAUGACAUAGAGUCACAGCCUUCAAAUACCCCUAUACCUUCUAAAGCUCUUCUUGAUAAUGCCGACAUUUUUUCAAGGUUUGCUUUUGCUUGGAUGAACCCUCUUAUUUCCAAGGCAACGUCUGGUGAACUUACGCCCAGUGAUUUACCAGUGGUAGAUUCGAACUGCAAUUCUACUGCUUUAGCAAGCAAAUUUUUGUUUUACUGGACUUCUAGAUCUUCCGACAAAAUUUCACAACUCAUCUUAGCUCUUUUUAAAUCUUUUGGUGGUCUUGUUUUGCUCACUGGAGUUUUUGAGUUUGUAACAGAUUUACUUGGCAUGGCACAACCAUUUCUUCUCCGUUAUCUAAUUCUUUUUGCCCAAUCCUAUUAUAGAAAUGACGGUACUCCUCCUCAAGCCCCUGAAAUUGGAUUUUACAUCUCACUAGGAAUGUUUUCCUUUGCAAUGGCAAAAACAUUUGCACGUACCCACGCAUUUCUUGUCAAUAUAAAUCUUAUGCUUUCUGUUCGUGCGGCACUAUCCUCUGUGAUUUACAAAAAGGCUUUACGCAUCACCCCUGCUGAACGCCAGCAAAAGUCCACUGGUGAAAUUGUCAACCUUAUGUCCACAGAUGUUAUCAUUAUUGUUCGCAUCUUUUACAUGAUCUCUACUCUUUGGCAGGCCCCCAUCAAGCUUGCCAUGUGCUUGACAGGUCUGUACCAUUUGCUUGGCCCUUCGGCCUUUGUGGGGCCCUCGCUAAUUGUUGCUGUUUUACCCCUCAAUUCAUACAUGACCAGUCUUCUUAAGAAAAAGCGCAGAAAGCAAAUGAAGUAUAAGGACAUGCGCAUUCGCCAAACAACAGAAUUUCUAACAAAUAUUAAAAGUUUAAAGCUAUAUGGCUGGGAGCCACCACUCAUCGACAAGAUCAAUUUCAUUCGAAACAAUAAACAACUUAAGAAUCUUAAAAAACUUGUUGUAUUUAGUUCGGUCAUUGAUUUCCUUUGGGUCAUAAUCCCAUGUAUCAUUACAACUUCUUCUUUUGCUGCAUUUGCCUAUCUUGAAAAUCAGCCAUUAACUCCUGACAUUGUUUUCCCUGCACUUUCACUUUUCUUCAUGAUGAAUGGACCUAUUUUGGACUUUCCAAAAACUUUGGUCAGUUCUGUUAAUUCCCUUGUUUCAUUUCAGCGCGUUCGCGACUUUUUGGUUUCUGAUGAACUUUCAAAGAAAAAUUUUGAGUGUGUCCAACCUGGCACCAUAAAUUACGGGGAUACCACUGUACUUAUCAAUAACGCAUCUUUUGGUUGGGACCAUGAUACUCCUUAUCUUAAAAAUAUUUACUAUGAGGCUUGCAAAGGCGAACUUUCAUGUAUAGUUGGUAAGGUUGGAUGUGGCAAAACUAGUUUCCUCAAGUCUUUACUCGGUGAACUUCAUUGCCAGUCUGGUUCAGUUAAAAUUAAGGGUAAUAUUGCAUACGUUUCUCAAGACAUGUGGCUGAUGAACGCAUCUUUGAGAGAAAACAUCUUAUUUGGUCACAAGUACGAUGAAAGAUUCUAUAACUUAACGAUAGAAUGUUGUGCAUUAACUCCAGAUAUUGAGCUACUUCCUGAUGGCGACCAAACCGAAAUUGGUGAAAUGGGCAUAUCUCUUUCCGGUGGCCAAAAGGCUCGUGUUUCUUUAGCUCGUGCUGUUUAUGCCUGUGCAGAUAUUUAUCUUCUUGACGACCCUCUUUCAGCAGUUGACGAGCAUGUUGCGGCUCAUGUUAUGGAUAAAGUACUGUCUUCAGAAGGUAUUUUGGGGACCAAAACGCGUAUUUUUGCCACAAAUAGCAUCCAUGCUCUACAAUGUGCAGAUACCAUCGUUUUAUUAAAAGAUGGGCACAUAACCCAAACGGGUACUUUUUCCGAUAUCAUGAAUCCUAAUGCCCCUGAUUCUGAUAUUAAAAAUCUUAUUAACGAGUUUGGUAGACAUAGCGACGAUGAUGCCUUACAGAGCUUCGAGACUAUAGUAACCCCGUUGGAAGAAUAUGAUGAAGCUGACGAAAACAGCAAUAGCCAUGAAGAUGAUGAAGUUGAAGAUAAUGAACAUAUUCCUCGUCAUAUGAGGUUUCAAGCAUCUCAUCGACGUACACACUCUUCCCACACUUUACGGCGAGCAAGUUUAGAAACUCUUGACGAUAGCUUUAAGGGGAAGGGCGAUAAAAAUAAGUUACCACCAUCUUCGCAUUCACCUUCACCGGCAUCAACUAUUGUGGAAACCAUGCCUCUUUUAGCUCCACCUGUGAAAAAUCUCCCUAAACGCACUGGAAAGACUGAGGAAAAGGCUGAACAAGGUCAUGUCAAAUGGCAAGUUUACAAAAAUUACAUUCAAGCCUGUAACAUUAAAGCAGUCAUUAUCACAGUGGCUGUAGUUAUUAUUUCAUCUCUGGAUAGUGUCACAACAAAAUUCUGGCUCAAGCAUUGGUCUGAACGCAAUAGCGAAGAAGGUGGCAAUGUUAAUAUUAAGUUCUAUCUUGGAACGUACUUAGGCAUUGGCAUGACGUUUGCAUUACUUGGCGUGGCCCGUAAAGCUGUUGUAAAGAUUUAUUGCGGUUUAAAUGCUUCCAAGAAGCUUCAUGAGGAAAUGUUACAAGCAGUUGCGCAUGCCCCAAUGCAAUUUUUUGAAACAACUCCAACAGGUCGUAUCAUUAAUCGAUUUUCCAGUGACAUUGUGGAGCUUGAUGAAGAUUUACCGUCCAACUUUUUGGAGAUGAUUUGGGUCAUUACUGAUAUCUUAAUUUCCGUUGUGGUUAUCGUUUACGGUGCUCCAAUGGUUUUAUUCAUUUUAUUUCCUUUGGUUGGUGUAUACGCUUACUAUCAAAAGUAUUACGCAUCAGCUUCACGUGCACUUAAGCGAUUACUAGUGAUUUCUCGAAGCCCUAUUUACUCUCAUUUUCAAGAGACAUUAACAGGAUCAUCAACUAUCAGAGCCUUUGAUCAAGUUGAGCGGUUCGAACAUAUUAAUGCUGUUAAUCUAGAUUACAAUUUACGGGCAAUUUUUUUAUUCCGUGGUGUAAAUAGAUGGCUCUCAAUGCGACAACAAACCAUAGGUUCAAUUUUAACUUUUGCAACAGCCAUUUUUGUAACCUAUGGUGCUAUCACACGAUCAAUUAGUCCAGGGUUGAUUGGUGUUGUUAUGGGUUACUCUGCUGUUUUGUCUGAAGAUAUCUCAUACUUUAUUAAAACAGCAGUAUCGUUGGAGACUAGUAUUAUUGCUGUCGAGCGCAUUAUGGAAUAUUGCAAUCUUAAAGGAGAAGCUCCUGCAGUUAUUGAGGAGACACGCCCUGAGCCUCAGUGGCCUGAGAGGGGUACAAUUGAGUUUGUGGAUUACUCGACACGGUAUCGCGAUAAUUUGGAUCUUAUUCUUCAAGAUAUUUCUUUAUCGAUAAAAUCACAAGAAAAAGUCGGUGUUGUAGGCCGAACAGGUGCCGGGAAAAGCUCUCUAAUCAUGGCACUUUUCCGUAUUAUUGAGCCUGUUGAGGGCAAAAUCAUAAUUGAUAAGAAAAAUAUUUCUACACUGGGGUUGGCAGAUUUACGGUCACAUCUUUCAAUCAUACCUCAAGACUCUCAAAUAUUUGAGGGCACUGUACGACAGAACCUGGACCCAUUGAGUCAACAUUCGGAUGUGGAGUUGUGGCAUGCGUUAGAACUUGCCCAUUUGGCAGAUUUUGUUCGGACGACCUUGUCUGGUGGUCAGGAGGGUCUGGACGCAUCACUGAAGGAGGGAGGAUCCAACAUUAGUGCUGGCCAAAAGCAGCUUAUUUGUCUUGCACGGGCGUUGCUACAUGACUCUGCCAUUUUAGUUUUAGAUGAAGCAACAGCCAGUGUAGAUGUGGCGACAGAUAAACUUAUUCAAGAAACUAUUCGCAAAGAGUUUAAGAAUAAAACUAUUGUGACGAUUGCCCACCGACUCAAUACUAUUAUGGAUUCUGAUAGAAUUUUGGUUUUGGAGCGCGGACAUAUUGCAGAGUUUGAUACUCCAGCCAAUUUGCUUGCCAAUCCUCAGAGCGAGUUUUACGCAUUGUGCAAGCGUGGUGGAUUGAUAUAG